AUGCGGGGCGGGCGUUGGAACCGUGUUUAGUGCGCGGGCCGAGGUCAUGGCUGGGGGCGGGGGGCGGGAGGCGGAGUCCGAAGGUUCGGGGUCGCGACGCUCGGGGCUGCCCCCUGGCUAUGCCGAGGCUGCUGCGUACCGGCAAUUGGGGGGACCCUCGGCCACUGGCGCAGUGGUUGGGGCCCGGAGAGUGGGGGUGCCCCUUGGGCUGGAAAUCUGGGGUCACGCGCCGCGUGGCGUCACCACUCCUCGCACGCUCUGUGCGCCUUGGGGUCCUUGCACGAUGGCGUCACAGAUGGGCGACCGGCUGCCUUGGCUACAGGCCCUUUGUAUCCCGGUAGAGGCGUUCGGUGGGCACAGGUGCGUCCGAAGAAGAGUGGGCAUGGGCCGCGCAGCCGCCGGCUCCUCGGGUCGCUGCAGGCAGCGGUGCCGGUUGCCGGGCAGGCGGCGGCAGCGCCGCCGAACCCCAGGGCGGCGAAAGGCUCCAGCGUACGGGCGCAGGAGGGCGCGCCCCCGGCGGAGGAAGCCCUGUCCCGAGAGUCUGGGGCAGGUACAGCGCGGGGCCUCGGGCAGUGGUUGCCGGUGCGCUCUGGGCCCCUACAACGGCUGGCGGCGUCCCCGGCAUACUGGGGCACUUGUCGGCGGCGACUCCACCUGCUGGGGCACCUAGAGGGGUCCCCAGCCCUCCCCGGGUCUCCGUGUCUCAGGUUAAAUGUUUCCCGCUGCACAGGGUGCGUGCACCUUUGAGGAGGAACCCUGACUUUUUCCUUGCCUCAGGUUCCUGUCAUUCUCGGCAGGGAUCAGCUUGGGAUCCCCUCCUUCCUGGGGACCACAGGUUGGACGAAUGGUCAGGGGCCUCCUCGCCCCACCAGCCGCUCAGCGCACCCUUGCC